AUGAUGCACGGUCAUGGAGCCAAGAUGGAUCAAGAAUCGCACCUCUCAAGUUCAACGCAACCCCCUGGUAUGGCCGUUCAAGUUCGAACUGAUAUUGGAGUGUGUGCUGUUGUACACCUAAAUGACAUGAGCGUCGAGGGAAAGACCGACGAUGUCACCAAAGUCAAGUUUGCUCGGUUUGUGUUCAAUGGGGUCAACACCACCGUGCUGAGCACCUCGAGCAAAUCUCUCGAUGAUGCAAAUAGAUCUCAAGACGUUGUGGAGAAUUUUCUGAAGUCUCCAAGGCAGUCGCAAUCGAGUUCGAACCGUGACGAGAACGACGAGGAGGCCCCAGAGGAACGCGCGAGGUCGAAGAAAGGCUUCCGACGAAGACUUGAGUUUCCUUCUGACGGCUCGGACCAUGCGGGUUUUCAUCAGCUGUGCAGCGACUCCAUCAAGAAAGUGAGCGAUGGAGCUGUCGGGCAGGAAUUCAUGCAAGUUUACAAGAAAAUGACCAGAGAGUGUGAGGAACAUUUGCAGCAAACAUCAAUGCGGGAUGCUGAGUCGCUGCAAACCUUUCAGCUUCGAAGUCAGGCCGUCAGCCGUAUCAUGUCUAUUCUGUUUGAGCUGCGAGAUUCUUCAAUCGAACUUACGACGGAGGAGUCAAGAAGGAGCAAAGAAUAUGAGAUUGAAGUCACAAGAUCAGAGCUGAAUCAACUUCGUGCCGCUGAGGAAGGCAUGCCUUGUUCGAGUGUGACAGGUCACCUGAAGAUUGCUUUCGAAAGCUCUGUGGCGACAGCACAGCGCAUCGGUGUUCAAAGCGGAACAAGAAGCAAUCAGGCAGAACGACCUCUCAUUCAUGUCAAGACUUGUCGGUCAGUCUCGCACAGGAGAUGUCCAUUUCUUGGAUGUGACACCAUUUAUCGAUAG